AAACCAUUCCAGGUCUCUCUCGCUCUCCCCUCUCCUUUGUCUGUCCUUGGAUCAAUCUGAGAGGUAGAAGAUCCAUUGCGCAAUCAUGUUGGUCUAUCAAGAUCUUCUCUCUGGUGAUGAGCUUCUCUCGGACUCUUUCCCCUACAAGGAAAUUGAGAAUGGGAUACUGUGGGAAGUUGAAGGAAAGUGGGUUGUUCAAGGAGCUGUCGAUGUAGACAUUGGCGCUAAUCCUUCUGCUGAAGGAGGCGAUGAGGAUGAGGGUGUUGAUGACCAAACUGUCAAGGUGGUUGACAUUGUUGACACAUUUAGGCUCCAGGAGCAACCUGCUUUUGACAAGAAGCAGUUUGUUACUUAUAUGAAGAGAUUUAUCAAGUUGUUGUCGGAGAAACUCGAUGACGAAAACAAAGAACAUUUUAAGAAAAACAUUGAGGGAGCCACCAAGUUCUUGCUUUCAAAGAUCAAGGACUUCCAAUUCUUUGUGGGGGAGAGCAUGCAUGAUGAUAGUGCUUUGGUCCUUGCUUACUACAAAGAAGGUGCCACCGAUCCAACGUUUUUGUACUUUGGUCAUGCUUUGAAGGAGGUCAAGUGCUAGAAAGUGCCAAUAGUUGGCUUCAAAGUGCAAUUGCUUGCUUUAUUAGUUCUAGUUUUAUCCCUGAAUGCCUCCUUUUUUAUCUUAUGUGCUGGUGGACUUGAGGAUUUGUGCCUUCCAUUUUGGGUUAAUUAUUGUUUGUUAACUAUAAUGAGCUCUUCAUUAAUGGGUAUUUAUGUUUUGCUUGACAAAUAAUUUAAUGUGUCAAUCCAGAAGUUUACUCAAAAA